AUGGCGACAGGAAUGCAGCAUUUCUCCAGCGACACCAUUUCCACCCUCGAGCGCAGGUACAUAGCGCUGCUCGAAUUGAGGAUCAAGGACUUGGAGUCUAGGGUUGGUGAGACUAAUGAAGAGAAGGCCACUUCUGACCUUGUGCCGCUUGCUGGAAAGAGUAUGAAUUCCCAGCCAGGUACAUCUGAGAGAGAUAUCGAGUUGAAAGAGAACGAAACCACAUCGGCUGAAACCAAUCCACUCAACGGUCCCCAGACGCCAAGGUGUCUCUUCGUCCAGCGUCCACUGGAACCUAUCAAUGGCUCGGCAGAGUGCGCCUUAGAGCGUUCCGAAUUGGUCAAGCUGGGGCUGGAAUCCAUCGAGACUGGAAGCGAAAGCCAAGGGUCGCCCGAGCAGCUGAAAUAUUCCAGAAUCGUGGAAGAGAAUGGUAGAUAUUUCGAAACUGAGAUAAGCGUCCAAGCACCAGAGCUGAAGGCCUUGUUGAGUGUAGCUCUCGAGGCAUAUCCCAAUUUGCACCUUCCCCCGCCUGAUUCGCCUUCUUCCUGGGACAAAACAAAGGAUCCUGUCGUCUUCGUCAGCCCUUGCGAGCCUCUGAUACACAACUGGGACAGACUUAAUGACUUGGCAAUCGAGGAUUCGCUUCGGACGGAGGAAAUGAAGAUUCGUAUUCAAAAGCUGGGACCUCGUACAGACGUCACGAUGGCCGGGUCCGAGGAGCAAAAAGCACGAGCGCUGGAGUAUCUGGGAAAAGCCAGCAACCUUGAGAACGCACGUGCACAGCUGAAAUUGAUGCUAAAGCUCGUCAAGACGAUACCAGAGUUGGCCAAGUACUUUCAAUCAGUCGAGGCGCAGAACAACACUGGGUCUAUUCAGUUUGAGCAUCUGUGGACCAUCUUUCCACCUGGGGAGAUCGUUUUCUCAACACUGUUCAUGAACGAACCCCAGCUUUUCAUCGUCAAGGACUCCAACGACACGCGCGACGUAGACGAGAGACCUGGAAAAGACACGUCAGAUGUGUCAUGGUCAAUUGUUGCUUGGGCCUACGACUGGGACGGGGCUUGUUUCAAGAGAGUGCCAGUGCAAUUUCGAUUCGAACAGUAUACGGGAAGCAAGGUUAUCAGUACACUUCAUUGCCAUCCAUUCAAGUUCCACAAACCGGAAGACGCGUCAAGAUCUGAUGAAGCUUCACGAGAAGCAAUGGAAGAGGCAUUGCUAGAACGCGGUAAGAGGUUUGCGGAACUAUGCGUGAAGCAGCAGGGAUCACAGAUGUUCGAUUACGACGGAUUUGUAGUCUCUCACGGUACUGGCUUUCAGAAUCAGGCCGACGAUAGUGGCGACAUCUUGUGGCGCAUGAUAUUUGGUAUAAGCAGCCAGAGGAGCAAAGAGCGAAGAGCGCCCAAAAAACGACGUAUCCAAGGCCGUGUGAUGGUGGACUUCGAAGCUUACCUUCAGUACUCGCCAUGGUCAGGCACUUACGCACCUAUGGGUUCGGCAGACUUUCCUCGCAGAGAUAAUGAGUGUCGAUGCCCAGCUUGCGUUACGAACGCAGCUCUCAGAGACAGCCAGAAGAUGGCAUACGAUGGCGUGAAGACGCAAACCCAUUUCGAAGAUCUCCAGUUCAAGAUUUGUCCUCCAAGGUUAAAUGUAGGAAAACAAAAGACAAGCUCCAGCGAAGCCACCAAAGAAUGGGAAAGCUACCUCAAGGACAUCAAGGAAUUGCGUAGCUCGCAGGCGUUUGAGAAGCUACAGCUUCUUCCAACACAAAAGUCGCUAAUCAAGGACCUAGUGCGGUGUCACUCCAGUGGGGCUAAUUCGAAGCCAUUGAUGACUGACAUCAUCAAAGGUAAAGGAAAGGGGCUAGUGAUUUUACUUCACGGGCCACCAGGUGUUGGGAAAACUCUUACGGCAGAAAGUGUCGCCCAGCUCGCCGGCAAGCCGCUAUUUUCUGUCGGUGUUUCCGAUAUUGGUCUCAAACCAGCGGAAGUGGAGCAGAAUCUCGAAGCUCUCUUCGAACUGGCAGCUAAUUGGCGGGCUGUAUUGCUGUUUGACGAAGCCGACGUGUUCCUCGAGUCGCGGAGCAGUCAUACAUCAGAUCUCAACCGCAACGCUUUAGUGUCGGUCUUGCUCAGGGUCCUCGAAUAUUAUGAGGGCAUCUUAAUACUUACGACGAAUCGUAUCACCCAGUUUGAUAUUGCCGUACAAAGCCGCGUAAAUUUGGGCAUCAAAUAUGAUGAUCUACAACGCGACCAGAAACAGGAGAUCUUUGACAACUUCAUUGGCCAGCUCAAGCCUGACCAGGUGAAGGACAAGGAAAAGAUUCAAAGCUGGUUCAAGGACGAAGAAGAGGCUAGAGAUUGGACUGAGGGGCUUAAUGGGCGGCAAAUCAGGAACAUUUUGUUUUCGGCCGCGAGCCUGGCUCAGCAGGAUGGUGGAGAACUGGACUUGAAACACAUAUCUAGAAUGGCGAAGAGCACUUGGAGAUUCCAUGACAGUAUCAAGACCGUUGUUGACGAGGCACGCCGGAGAGCUGAGGCCGGGAGGAAAUAG